CGCCCUAUGGAGCCAACCAGCGGAAGCCCCCCAUGCACCAUUUUGACCGCUACAAGUGCGGUAAGGCUGUACCAGCUAGGGCGUCCCCAAAAUUAUCUCGCCCGUUCUUGCGGGUCUGGCGGCCUGCGUGACGGCCAGAGGGCGCGCUGCCAGCCCCCGGCCCCCCGUAAAUUACCCCAAUCCCCCCUACUCGCUCUGGCGGUCAAUCCCCCCCCCAAGCCUGCCUGUAGUCUGUCGGUCCCUUGCACGCACCGCACGCACGCACACCAUCAUCAUCAUCAAUCACCAUCUCCACCGUCCACCACCACCACCUCGCUCCAACCCACGCGAAACCCUUCUCGGCAUCGGCACAGAAACCGCAGUAUGCAGCACCUAGCCACGCCCACCGCACACUCAUUCAUCCAUGGCGGUUCCGCACAUUCCGCCCGCCGCCGUCGCCGUUUGCUAGGCCGUGGCCCGGCGAAUGGUGCGAACCGGGCAGCGUGAUUUGAAUUGCCAGUGCUUUGUUUGCAUUCAUUCACUCAGUCCCUUCAUUCAUUUUUCAAGUUUCAACUCUGGUGUUGGUUCGGCGUGGUACAACCCAUUCCAAAUGCCUGCUCUCUCUCUCUCUCUCUCUCUCUCCGCAAUCUCAAGCCAUCCAUCUCUCGGCCGAUUGACCCUUGGUGACUAACCCACUAGACGACUGACUACUGUAUGUACUGCCUCCUUCUCCGAUCACCCCUCGCCAAGUUUGCUCGCUCCUCGCUCCUCGCUUUGGGAGUCGGUCGGUCGUGGCGGACAAGAGCGGCGGGCGGGCGGCGGACGGUCUGCCGGUUAGCAGAUCCUCAUGGCUGGCUGGCUGGCUGCCUGCACCGCAUCUCUAUUGAUGGAUGCAUGGCUGGCUGGUGUGUACGGUGUACCGUGUAAAUUGCUUUGAAUCCAUCGACACGGUCGUCCUCUUGCUGUAUUCGCUUCCGUGACCGGCCGUCAUGAGGCCCCGCUUCGCAGCUGUAUAGUAAUGCAAAUCUCCAGCUCGCAAUGGCCCCCAGUCCUCUGGUCGAGCACGUCCUUGCCAGCGUUUGCUGGAAGUGGCAUCUGCUGAGAGAACAAAGCCUCCUUGGAGCAUAGACUGUCUUGGUCGUGCCCUCGCUUGCUCAAUCGCUUCCGACCUGGCUGGCUGGCUAGCCAACUGGGUAAAUCGCAACGGCCAUUCCUUUGCUUUCCCUUGACUUCCCUUCCUUUC